GCGGGCACACCACGUCCCGCAGCUGCGGCAGCAGCGAAAAGGAGAGCUAAGGGUCAGCGUCAGACCAGCACGCAGCGUGGCAGAGGCCCGCCGAUUUCCUCUCACGUCAACCCCUUCUCUUGCGCAGGAGGAAAAUAACAAGAGUGGUGUGCUUGCAACAAUAUAUGAUGGCGGCCUCCAGCGUUACGGCUCGAGCACGCACGACAGCGGCUCCGUCGCUAGCUCUCCUCCUGCUGCUGCUGCUCGGGAGCGAGCGCUACACCCCCUCGUGCCUGGGCUUCUCCCUUUCCGUCGCACCAACAUCGGCGGUACGAUCGCCAGCAGCCCGACCGGUAACAGCACCCGUUGGACGCUAUGGCAAGAGCAGCAGCAGCUGCCGCGUGGACGUGUCCUGUGUACGUGGCCGAACAUGCUCGGCGCUUGCAGCGUUCGGCGAAGGGGAAGGGGAAGGGAGUUCCGCGGGGCCUAGUGCAGGAGGAUCGGGAGACAUUUUUGACGCCCUGAUGGCUGGGGAUAUGGACUUCGUCACUAAGUAUGUGGAGGCUGGGGGCGACUGCUCUGUGCAGGACUCCAUAGGGGACACGCCGCUGAUGCUAGCGGUGGAAAACGAGCUGACGCCUGCCGUGAGGAUGCUCAUCAAGGAAGGAGGGGCGAACGCCAACCUUGCCUCCAAGACUACGGGAGAGACACCUCUCAUGCUGGCGGCAUACUACGGACACACAAACCUUGCACGAGUACUCGUCACGGAAGGCGACGCGGAGCUAGAGCUGCGCAAUAACAAGGGGGACACGGCGCUGAGCCUGGCUUGCUUCUGGGGAAACGAGGAUGCGGUCGAGUAUCUUCUCAACGCCGGGGCGGAUCCGAACAGCCGUAACGACGCGGGUGAGCGGCCCGGAGACAGCUUCGACUCUGUUUUCGUGCCCCAAGUUGUCGAGAACUUCUUCACCGCGGACGAAGACAACGAACGCGCAAGUGCCGCCGGCCAGGAAGACAUCAUGUUCGACGACGAUGACGAAGAGGACAUCAUGUUCGAGGAAUUGGAUGAAAAGGACGCCAAUCUCCAAGAGGGAGAUGAUAAAGACGUGAGGGUUGACGGUGGAGAGGAGAAGGAGCCCGCUGAGAAGGAGGACGCAUCGUUGGCAGGGGAGAAGGGUGGAGAUGGCGAGCCAGAGGAAGAGGUUCUAGGCCCAAGGGAAAACAUCCUCAAGAUGCUGGAAGAAGCGCGGGCAGAAGCGGCCCUCGAGGCCAACUAACGGUAGCGCCACCAGCUAUGGACAUGCGCUUCUUCUCUCAGCAGAUGUUUCUCGUUGAGAUUCCGGCGGUUGACACCCACCUGUGACCGCGAUGGUACGGUGUGGGCUUGCGGACCGUUCACAAGAGGAAGCACCGUGACAGCCGUUUAUUGUCAAGUACGGGGGGGUCAGGUAGGAGGCCGGUAGCAGGACGGUCCAGAGGUUUGGACGGCUGUUGUCUGCUCUUUCUCUUGGUACACCCGGGAAGGUUGGGGUUCACGGAGUCUUUCUGUAUUGCCUCGGCUCCACAAGCCAUGCCAAAGAAUGUGCUCGGGAUGAGGCACAAGGGAUAGUGGAGAAGGAAGCUGCACGACCACCAAAGCACAAGAUUGCAGCUUUCUAGCCGCGAACCUAGAUUCGGUUGAAUGACUACGCGAAGAAGAUUACGGCCGUUGCUAGCAAGGAGACGACACGACGAGCUACCUACAUGCAGAUCUCGUUUGAGUGGACUUGUGAAUACCGCAGUGCGAGUCAUCGCACACACCUAGACCGACUUUCAUCGCUCGAUUGCUCGCUCAUGCGAUCGAGGGCUCGCUAACGAGACAGGGUGAGGCGCUCAUCAAAAGAGAACCAUGAGUCC